ACUGAUGUGGUGACCGGCGAGAUUGAACAAUCCCCACAAACCAAAAGAUCUUCUUCCUGUUGGACACGGUUCCGCCAUUUCCAUCCUUCUCUUCUUCUCUCUGAGUGGUGGCCGUGUUCUCAGCGAGAAGGAGAGGGAAGGAAGUAAGCGGGGAGGAGAGAUGGAGACGGAACUGAGGAGGCCCAACAGGAGCGACGCGCAUCUGCCGAAGGAGGAGGAGAUGAAGAUAGAGGAGGAGACAAGGGCGUACUUCGAUGGCCAAGCCCCCGUGCGCCACUCCAAGCCACAACGCAGCGACUACUCCUCCCAAUACAAGGACGCCUUCGACUAUUCCCACUCCGCCGGCGACGUCCCCCCCGAAUUCGAGAAGUUCCACAACCUCGAGCACCGGGACACCCAGAAACUGACUUACAGCGGGAAUGAGGCGCCAGAGGAGUAUGUAGAGACGGAAUACUACAAAGAUCUCAACUGCAUCGACAAGCAACACCACACGACAGGAACAGGGUUCAUCAAGGUCGACAAGAAUGGUGGGACCUUCAACUUAAAGCCAGACGUUUAUGAAUCGGAUCAUCAUGAUUCCUGCAAAGGGAAUCCAGCAACCAAUGAAUGGAUUCCAUCCAUGGAGCCGGUUUUCCCAGUAUCUCACAAGCCCAAGAGAAGCGAGAACUGAAUAAUCCUCAACGGUUCUGCUCUAAGCAUGCUCUGUUUAUUAUGGUAUCUCAUCACUUAGUCUACAAGUGUUUCUUUAGUGCACUGUUUCGUAUCUAAGUGGUACCAGAAUAUGUAAUAAGAGACCGUGCUUGAUGAACUUGACCAUGGAAGGUCUUACUUGAACAACUGCGAUUACGUUAUAGAUUCUUGUACGCACUGAACCUCUUUUCUGGA